AAGAGAAAUCCACAAGAACAAAGAAUUUUUUGGAUGGUUAUUUUAUAUAUUAUAUUAAAGGAUUAGAACGAUGUGAAAAACAUACUGAGGAUAUGAAAAGUAAUAAUAUAUCGGAUCGAUACUCUCGAUUACAAGUUAGACCUGAAGAAUAUGAAAUUGAUUUAGGUGAGAAAUUCGAGAAAACGAAAAAUGAAACAACUCGAAUUAUAAAAAGAGCAUUUACCCCGGGCUUUCAAUUAGGAAAUUCAGGACAUGAUAAUUAUGAUAUCAAAGAAAAAGAAGAUUGA